CUUUCUUCGUUUCGAAUAGGCUUUGCUUGCUUCCUUCCUACACGUCUCUCUCUCUCUCUCUCCCUCUCUCAGUUCUCCCAACUCCUCUUGCUCUGCUCUCUCAGCUUCCCUAUGUUGCUCGACAACUGAAUGUUUUAGGGGUUUUUUUUUGUCUGAUUGAAACCAAAAACCCAGAAGAAGGAGAAGAGAGAAAGAAAUAUGAGCGUCUCAAGGUUCAUCAAAUGCGUCACUGUUGGUGAUGGUGCUGUUGGAAAAACUUGCAUGCUUAUCUCCUACACCAGCAACACUUUCCCUACUGAUUAUGUGCCGACAGUAUUUGACAAUUUCAGUGCGAAUGUGGUUGUGGAUGGGACCACAGUCAAUCUAGGGUUGUGGGAUACUGCUGGCCAGGAGGAUUACAAUAGAUUAAGACCUUUGAGUUAUCGUGGGGCAGAUGUUUUCCUGCUUGCUUUCUCUCUCAUUAGCAAGGCCAGUUAUGAAAAUGUUGCAAAGAAGUGGAUUCCUGAAUUAAGGCAUUAUGCACCUGGAGUACCAGUUAUUCUUGUUGGGACUAAGCUUGAUCUCCGAGAUGAUAAGCAAUUCUUUAUAGAUCACCCUGGUGCAGUGCCUAUUACUACAGCUCAGGGGGAGGAACUGAGAAAGCUAAUUGGGGCUCCUGUUUAUAUUGAAUGUAGUUCUAAAACUCAGCAGAACGUGAAAGCCGUCUUUGAUGCAGCCAUUCAAGUGGUUCUCCAGCCAGCAAAACAGAAGAAGAAAAAGAGAAGAAAGGCUCAAAAAGCCUGCUCCAUAUUGUGAUUGAAAAAGAAACCAUGGGAAGAAAACAUGACCAUCUAGGCAUUUAUCCCAUUUAUCUUUAGCUAUAUAUCUUUACGUUUUCCCAACUUGAGGAAGCGGCAGAGAUCUGGUAUUAGCAUCUACUGACAGAACUAGGAAGCACAUUAUAAUCAUCAAGUUGCUAGUUAGUCGCAUUCUGGGUCGCAUUUCGAUUUGCAUAAUAUGAAUGAUUGCUUCUGUUAAACAUGCAUACCUUCCUGUUUCUUUAGGUCAUUCUGUAUUGAGUGCAGUCAGGAUAUCUCUCAAAUGUUAAACUGUUUCCUCUUGUAUCAUGUAUGACUUGUAACUUGAUUUAGUGCACCUAAAAAAAUCAAUUUGCUCA